AUGUUUUUUAAAACUUUGUGUCUGGCAGCCUUAUUGGCCUUAGCAGCAGCAAGUGAACCAAAUGCGGAGUUCGAGCAAAACGAGAAUGGUCCACAGAACAGCUUUGAAAACUACCCACAACAGUACGGAUAUAAUCAGGGUCUCUAUCCUACCCAAUUCCAAGGACCAUACCAAUACCAAGGAUACCCAUAUCAAUACCAAGGACAGUACCCCUAUCAAUACCAAGGUCAAUACCCAUACCAAUACCAAGGACAAUAUCCAUACCAAUACCAAGGACAAUACCCAUACCAAUACCAAGGUCAAUACCCAUACCAAUACCGUGGACAAUUUCCAUUCCAAUACCAAGGACAGUACCCAUUCCAAUACCAAGGACAGUACCCAUACCAGUUCCAGGGUCCAUAUGUAUACCCGUUCCAGGGGCAGAAUUAUCAAAAUAAAUUCCCAUUUUCAGGCUUCCCCUACAACUAUUACCAAGUCGCUGCUCACUAAGUAAAAGACGUCUAAUUCAACGGAUCAGUCAACCAACUCUUCGCACUCACUUCAAUAUAAACUAAACGAAUUCAUCCAAAUGAAACAACUAUGUUUUGAAAUGGUAUAAAUGGAAAAAUUUAUACUACAAAACCACGAGUCUCCAGUAUUUAUUUUAAUAGUUGGAGACCCGUGGAUUUUUCCAUUUAUAUCAUAAUAACCUUAUGUCACUUUUCAAGCUUUAUGUUUUUUUUAAUAAUAUAUUUUGAAAUUCUUAAC